UUGACAAAUCAAAACCGAAAAUAACCAUAAACACAGCUAAUGGGUGGAUCCUAAAUCCCAAAUCAACACCUAAUGAUAUCAAAAAGCAAUUUAGGGUUUUAAUUUUCAAAACCUAAAAAAAUCACUGCCUUUAGAAUUGGUCCCAUCAUUCAUCCCUUUUGCUCCCACCCACACACAACCCAUCCAUCAUCAUCAUCACCAACAAUCAGGUCCAACCCUAACAGAACCCCAAAUCUCAACAAAAGAUUCGAAACAUAAAAUUAGGGUUCCGAAUUGAAAAAUCAUGCCCCCUUUGAAAUGGUCCCUCUGACUGGUAAUCCCAACCCCACAACACAACCAACCACCAGUCAUCAUUAUCAUCAACCACAAGCAACGCCUUCUGAUUCCAAUCCCAAAUCCUAAUGACCCCAAAACAUUUCAUUGGGGGUUCCAAUUUCAAGCUCUUAUAAAAAAAAAUUAGGUUUUUGUUUUAUUUUAAUUUCCCCAGAUACAACGUCACUGGCACAGACCCAUCGCACCUGCCGCCACUAAGCUUCCAUUCUGACUCCGGAAAUGGCGACGAGGGGCACCAGAUCGGAGAAGGUUCGGCGAAUUUUCAAUCAAUUCGACGCGAACCGUGAUGGGGGUCUCAACCGUGAGGAAAUGGCGUCGCUGGUGGGUGCAGUGAACCCUAGGGUGAAGUUCAGCGACGAACAAAUCAGCGCGAUCCUUGACGAGGUGUUCCGGACGUACGGCGAAUUCAUCGACGGCGACAAGGGUCUCACGUACGAGGGUCUGUUGCGCACGUACGACGACGGCGCCGGUGACGUCGACCGUGAUUUCGACGCGCUUGGGCUCGACCUCGUGGCAGACGCUGUGAAGGAGCCCCUUGCAGCGUCUGAGGCGUCAUCCUCGUCGAUCGUGGACGAGAGAAUGGCGGUGGAGACCCAGAAGAAACAGCGGACGGCCGCCUGGGCGGUGUCGCCAAACCACGGGAUCGUGUUCGACGAGACGUGGAAGAUUGUGGAUGAUUUGGAGCUUCUUGUGAAGAGGCUGAAGACGAAGCAGUCAAAGGAAGGUGGGAAAUUGAAGAAUGACAACUUUGACGCAUAUUCAGAUGCCGGGUGGUCUCGCGAAUUAGGGCCCUCUUCCGAGAUUACGGAGAAGAGAGUGUUUUGGGAGGAGUCAGGGCAGGAUUAUACAGUUUUUUUGAAGGAAUUGGGAGCGUUGAGAGGGAGAGCUGAUGGUGCUAGGUCAAGAGAAGAGGCUUUUGAUGGGCACAUGGCAAUUGGGAGAGUUUUGUAUGAGCAUCAGUUGUUUAAGGAGUCAUUGGUUAGUUUCAAGAGGGCUUGUGAGUUGCAACCUGUGGAUGUGAGGCCUCAUUUCAGAGCUGGGAAUUGUUUGUAUGUUCUUGGCAGGUACAAGGAGGCCAAGGAGGAGUUCCUCUUGGCUCUUGAGUCUGCUGAGGCUGGUGGCAACCAAUGGGCUUACUUGCUUCCCCAGAUUUAUGUCAACCUCGGCAUCGCCCUUGAGGGUGAAGGGAUGGUUUUGAGUGCCUGUGAGUAUUAUAGGGAAGCAGCGAUUCUCUGUCCCACACAUUUUAGAGCCUUGAAGCUCUUAGGUAGUGCACUUUUUGGUGUGGGGGAGUAUAGAGCGGCAGUGAAGGCGUUGGAGGAGGCAAUUUUCAUGAAGCCGGAUUAUGCUGACGCUCACUGCGAUUUGGCCUCAGCGUUACACGCCAUGGGUGAGGAUGAGAGGGCAAUUGAGGUGUUUCAGAAGGCUAUUGAUUUGAAGCCUGGUCAUGUGGAUGCCCUUUACAAUUUAGGUGGGUUGUAUAUGGACCUGGGUAGGUUUCAGAGGGCAUCUGAGAUGUACACUCGAGUAUUGGGCGUGUGGCCAAACCAUUGGCGAGCACAGCUGAACAAAGCGGUGUCACUGCUGGGAGCUGGGGAGACUGAAGAGGCCAAAAGAGCUUUGAAGGAAGCGUUGAAAAUGACGAAUAGGGUUGAGUUGCAUGAUGCAAUAUCGCAUUUGAAGCAACUGCAGAAAAAGAAGACCAAAGCAAGUAAUGGAGGUGUUCCUGGGGAGGCAUCUUUUGUUAUAGUUGAACCAUCCAAGUUUAAGGUAGUUGGAGAUCGGACUACUGGGAGGCAAGAGCUAGCCACUGCUCUGCAGAUCAGAGCGCUUCAGAGGGUAACUAGGUUGAGUCGUUGCAGUGUAGAGCUUUUGAAGAAGGAGAUGAGUGAACGUGAUGUGUCAGUAUCCUAUUCUGGUAGUGGAGUUCCUGAAAAGUCCAUCCGGAAGCCCAAUUUGGAAGAAAUUCUUCGCAGAUUACUCAGUUUUCUGAAGCCUGAGACUUUUCAAGGGGCUGUGAAAGCCAUCAACGAGAGGAUUCUUUCAGUUUUGGAUGAAAAUGGUUCAGGCAGGCUGGACCUAGGAAUGUUCUAUGCAAUUCUUGCUCCUAUUUGUGGUGGUCCUCCGGACAGACGCAAAAGGGUUGCCUUCGAUGCACUUUUGUGGCGUCCUAUGAAUGAAGAUGGUGCUAGUAUUAGGAAAGUUGAUGCCACUCUGUACAUCAAAUUGUUAAGGGUCGUGUAUCUUCCUAGCCAAGCUGUUAGUGAAUUAAUGGAGGUUCGUGGGGAGUCAGACACUUCAAUGGUGUCUUUCUCCGAGUUUCUAGUAUUGUUUGAUGAUCCAGAUUGGGGUUUUGGUAUCAUGCCUACUCUAACAAAGCUUGAGACAGGGGAUAGAAACCGGCAUGGUAACUCGGUGUGCUCGGUUUGCCGCUACCCAAUUAUUGGUUCUCGGUUUAAGGAGACAAAAUCUCAUUUUAGUGUGUGUAACCAAUGCUACAGUGAGGGAAAGGUGCCUUCUUCAUUUAAGCAGGAAGAGUACAGAUUUAAAGAGUAUGGAAGUGAGGGUGAAGCCAUGAAAGAUAAGUGUACGUGCUUCAAUUUGCAAUCCCGUAAUGAACAGUAGAUAGUGGCAUUGAAUUUUUUUGUAUUUUUGAUUUUUUUGUUCUACUAUCUUGUAUUAUCCCAUCUUGUUUAUCCUAGCUUUUCGGUGUGAAUGUGAUUAUAUCUAGCUCAUGAGUUCACCGGUCA